AAGUAAUAAAUAUUCAAAUGAACUUUAAUACAGCAGUAGACGAAUUUUCUAUUGUAGUAAGCCCUGACCAAAAUGAACGAACCAAGAGGCUACCAGGCUCUUCUAAUACUUGCCCACUUUCUAGUGGCAUAAGUCACACGGAUUUCUUUCAGGUGAACCCAUUUAGUACUAAUGGAGUAAACUCACUUAGCGUGUUUAGUAAUAUUGCUGGCAAUGAAAGCUUCAGCUUUGAAGGAGAUAGCGAUAAUAGCUUUGAGUUCGUUAAAAGAGACCAUAUACAAAAGAAGACUUCCAGAGAUAUUUUCAAAAUUCCCAACAAAACCGAGAAUAGUAUGAUUGGUGAACAUUUUGAAUCAACCGGAAUAACUCAUCAUGAAAAAUUGGGAGUAAACCAAAUUGAAGAUCUGAACGCAGAAGUUGCUCAAAACGUUCACAAAGCAAAUAGCAAUGAGGAAAAUGCCUCUAAGGUGGUCAAGGAGCCUGAAAAUACUAGCGUCCAUAAGAAAGAGGAGAGUAAAAAGAAAUGAAAGGCGAUCAGGAGAGAUGUUAUUAAUAAGACGAUUUUCAGAAUCAUUCGCAGAUAUUUCCACAAGAUUCUUGAAAAUGUUAUCCCUGAUUAUAAGAGUCAGAAGAAGAAUUACCUUAUGAAUAUGCUGGCCAGGUUUUCCAAGCUAAUAUUCCCAGAAAUAGACAAUUCAAAAGAAAUGGCUAAGAUCAUGAGCGCCUUGAUGUUUCGGAGAGAAGCCCUACUAUCUAAGAAGGAUGUUUAUCAUCAACCAGAGCUAAGAGUAUUCUUGGACAUUCAAAGCAAAUACAGUCAUAAAUUACUAUCUCCAGUACUAAAGAACAAAUAUUUCAGAGUGAUGUUUGAACUAUUUUUGGAAAACGGAGUCGACUUUUUUAAAAAUGAUGAAAACGUAAUCUCUAAUUACAAGGUUUACCAUCAGGAGCUCGAGAAGAUCAAAAAUCUCUUCUACUCCCUCUCUGGAAGCAAGUUCUAAUCACGUUACCCUCAUGUGCACAUCGCAAUGUCUCCCUAAUCAGAUAAGAAGUUUUGUUUUCUCUCGAAACCAUCUUCGGUUCUUAUCUCUUAU